AUGAACUGCUUUCAGCAAUCACCGCUUAAUCUCAAAUUUCAUAAUCUCUCCUUCUUUAGUUAUGGUUUUUCUUUCUUUUCCCCGUUCUCCCCUCCUCCUCCUCCUCUGCUCCUACCCUUUCUAGUCGCUCGUGGAGGCUCAUUUUCCCAUAGUAAAAGUCUCGAUGCUCAAGCCAGCCAGUCGACAAAAAUCAAUACAAUUCUCGAGUUGAUAGACUCCGAGAAGCACUACCUUACUGACUUGAUUGAAGUCAAAGAGAAAUUCUAUGAAGGAUUGCGGAAACAGGGUGUGAGUGAGCGUAGACUCGCUCAAAUAUUUUGCAAUUGGACUAAUAUUCGCGAGGUUUCUGAGGCGAUUAACAAAGAUUUCCAAGAGAGGAAACCAAAUUUAAAAAAAGGCGAGGAUUUCAUUGGUGAUAUUCUUGUUAGACAUCUACCAAAAUGCAUGGUUUACCGAGAUUUUUGUGCGCACCAAGACACGGCUUUGGAGAACUUGAAGACACUUUCGGAAGAAAAGAGGGAGGUUGCACAGUUUCUGCUUUCCUGUGAACGCUUCAUGAGGGUGCAGUCAAUGCCUCUAUCCAGCUACUUCCUCAAGCCUAUGCAACGAAUCACAAAGUACAAACUCAUUAUUGAAAAGGCGAUAAAGCUUACUCCUCCUGAUCAUCCCGAUCACAAGAAUCUGGAACAGUCACUCGAGCUCGUAUCUACAGUUCUGUCAGUCUGCAAUGAGGCUAUUAAAAACCAGGAAUCCUUUGCCCAAAUUUGCUGGCUUCGUGACCACCUAACCUUUGACAGUGAUACGGGGAGUUUUGGAGUGUGUGGUGAAGAUGACCGUCGUCUAAUUGACAUGGAAGUAGAAGUUGGUGGUGAGAGAAGACGGCGUCUACUGCUCUACUCUGGCACACUCUACAAAGCGAAAUCGAAGAAGGAGCUUACCGCUUUCCUUUUCACUGAUAUGCUACUUCUAGCUCAACCAGUAAAUAUUUCGGCAAGUUCUCUUCCCUCUGGGAAUCUGAUGCUCCCUCAAAAACCCGACGCUACUCUGGCCAAGGUCAAUUUCAAGACCUACAGACGGGGAAUUUUUUUGUCACAGAUCCGAGUUGUUGCAGCAUCCUCUCUAUCCCCAAAGCAUCAACGCAAACGUUCAGUAUUCCGUGGUUCACGAGGGAGUGUUGCUGAUAUCUCCUCCUUGGCAAGUGGAGGCAGUGACGGUAAUAGCCCUGGUGAUGUGAGUCGAGAAGUUGUGAUGCGCUCUAGACGCCGUUCGCUGGCAAAUCUUCGCAAGAUGUCUCUCAGUGUAUCCAACUUGAGUUUGGAUGCCUUAGAUUCUGACUCCUCGACUUUUCUCAUCACUGAUGACAGUGAUUCUAGCGUGCAUCUCCUCUUGCGUGCCCCCUCUGGAGAACUUCGUACCUCUUGGAUAGAGUUUAUACAGAAAGCCUCAGAAGAAUAUCGCCAUUAUCUGGGUCUCUUCAGAAAUCCUUUCCUCUCCAGUACGGUUAGAGAAUCUCUCUUUGCUGCCGUUCUCAAUUUGACCGUCGUAUCCGCUUCCGGCCUACCCCUGAUGGGGCCUAGCGAAGAUGAACUACCAUGGCCGUAUUGUGAAGUGAGCUUGUGUCUCCGUUGCAAACGAACCAACGUUAUUCUUAGCACCCGUUCGCCAAAAUGGAAUUGUUCUCUUCGUUUCACCGUGAAGGAUUUGACUCGCGAUGUCGUUACCAUCAACGUUUACAGCAAAAGUGCCUCCUCUUCUUCCGAACUUAUCGGCAAAACUGAGAUUGGCAUGCCAGAGAUUGCUCAACAACUAUUACUGAAGGAGAUUAACGUUGGACCCGAGGUUGACCCCGAGUACGCAGCUUGGUUCAAUAUUGUUUUUUGGUUUGUGGCGAUGUUUGCGUUGGUUAUCUGGGCCGUCGCUUACGCAAUGUGGAACAUGGAUCCUUGUCGCGAUGGCAUUAUUUAUCGAUUGAGCUCUAGCAAACCGAAAAUGGAGUAG